CUAGCCUGCUAUAUGUACACUUCCAUCUUUGUGAAGACGCUUCAAUCGGUAGCUAUGGCAACACCUCCAGUAGCAUAUGUCCAACCUACAGUUCUGACUGACAACAAUGAGAUGACGCUGUCACCCAAGUUAGCGGAGGACCGAGAGUCAAACCCAAUCAGCUGGACAACCCCUCACACAGCAAACAGAAGACACCUAAAAAUAUUACUGUGUGUGUCAUUGGCCGUUGUGGUAUUAAUAGUUGGUGUGGUAUCAGUCCUGAUGUGCUGCCAUUGUGGGCGUUGUGUGAGUGUUAAAGACGCCGUGCCAAACGACUUGCAGUCACAAGGUUCAAAAAUGCUUGGGAAGAUGGCAGCAGUGAAGCUCCCACCAAAAGGUUUUCUGAGGCAACACCGACAAGUGGUGUCAGCGCACCUUGGAAUCGAUUUAAGGCAAACAGAAAUGCUGAAAGACGCAGUUAUGGUAUGGAAGACAAGCGACAGUGUGUACUACAAGCAGGGGCGACUGGACAUUCUUCCUAACGGAACCAUCCGAGUGGGUGAUACGGGUACCUACCAGGUCACUGCCCACAUCUGCUUGGAUGGCUACAGGAUGAAUACAACACUGGCCAAAUACAACCUGCACUUCGACAUCCUCAGCGACCCCCCACAACAUCUACUACCAGACUAGGUUGACGCUGUUCCGCAGAACAUAUUCGUCGGUAACUAUGCAUGUGAACCUGAGACUGAGGCAAAACGACGGCUUCUUUGUCCUGGCUACGUGGAACUAUCUCUACAGAUCGGACAGGUGCUCUACCUUAGACAUCAGCAUGGUCAGCUAACGACGACAGUGGAUAUUUAUUCCAUGUUUAGAUUGACUGACUGAGUUUGGUUUUACGCCACUUUUAGCAAUAUUCCAGCAACAUCACGGCGGGGGACA